AUGUUGAUGGACUACCUCCAACACAGGCGCGACUGCCGCACCAAGCAGGAAGAACGGCUAACCCGCAUCCGCGCUCUCAAGUCCUACCAUGGUCCCUUCGGUGUCCUAGACAAGGAGAUUGUCAACAAGCCUAUUCAGCAGCUGGUCAAAGAGGUUCACAAUGACCCCAGCAAAGCAACACAAAUUCUCAAAACAUAUGGCAAGGUCGCCCUCAAGGCCCAAGAAAAAACCAACUGCGUCACGGAAAUACUCCUCGACUCUGCUGAGAAGUGGGUGACGGAUGGCUCGAUUAACCUCAAGGGUCCCUUGGCUGGCAUCCCCGUCAGCUUGAAAGAUACAGUCGACAUCACUGGCUAUGAUACUACCGUCGGAUACAGCCGUUAUGUCGGCAUGAAAGCUACAGACGGCCCUACGGCGCGCAUCUUGAAGGACGCCGGUGCCGUCCCUUACGUCAAGACCAAUGUUCCCAUCACCCUGCUCAGCUUCGAGUCCGCCAACGAUGUCUGGGGCACAUCAACCAACCCCUACAACAAAAAAUAUACGCCUGGUGGCUCCACCGGUGGUGAGGGCGCUCUGUUGGCUCUUGGUGGCAGAAUUGGUGUCGGCAGCGAUGUUGCCGGCAGUGUCCGCUGCCCUGCGCACUUUUCCGGCAUCUACUCUCUCAAGUGCUCUACCGGCCGCUGGCUGAAGCUGGGCAUGCGCACUAGCAUGCCCGGACAGGAUGGUAUUCCUGCUGUAUAUAGCCCAAUGGCCCGCACACUCAACGACCUCACCUACUUUACGCGCUCCAUUAUUCAGAUGAAGCCCUGGAACUACGACUACUCCAUCCACCCCAUCCCGUGGCGAUCUGACAUCGAAAAAGCCUAUGCCGAGAAAAAGAAGCUCCGUGUGGGCGCCAUGCGCACCGACGGCGUCGUCGACCCUAGCCCUGCGUGUGCUCGCGCUCUCGAGAUGACUGUCAGCGCUCUGCGUGCCGAGGGUCACGAGAUUAUCGACGACAUUGCGCCCCCAGAGCCCUACGAGGCCCUGCAGCUGGCCUCGCAGCUGCUCGAUGCCGAUGGUGUGCAGACGGCCAUGUCCUUUUUCCGCACCGGCGAGGGCAAUGACCGUGGCGUGGCCCAGAUGCGGUUCUACUUCAAUCUGCCCCGCAUCGUCAAGUAUGCGCAUUACCUCUGGGUCCGAUACGUCCGUCGCGAUCCCGUCUGGGCCGGCAUCCUCCUCAACUGGCACCCCAAGACCACCUACCAGUACUGGCAGCUGAUUGCCAAGCGCGAGGCGUACAAGCGCCGAUGGUUUGAGUUUUGGGAGGAUAAGAGAUUCGACUUUAUUGUCGCUCCUCCCAACGCCACCCCCGCUGUUCCCCACGGCGGCAUGCAUGACGCAUGCAGCAGCUGUGGCUACACAUUUCUCUUUAACCUGCUUGAUUAUACUGCUGGUGUCAUUCCCGUAACGCACGUCGACAAGAAAAAGGACCAGCUGCCCAAGGGCUUCAACGUCCGCAACCUGAACGGCGUCGCCCGCGGCGCCUACAAGCACUACAACGCCGACGACAUGCACGGCCUCCCUGUUGGUGUACAGGUGAUUGGCCGCAGACUAGAGGAAGAAAAAGUCCUUACCUUGAUGAAGAGAGUAGAAGACGCCCUCGGCGAGGACAAGUUCAAGCUGUUGGAGCUGGACUAG